CCGGAUGAUUCGUAAUUUUUAUUUGUGUUUUGAGAGCAGUUUUUUUGAUUUUUUAGAAUAACUUUUGUGUCUGCAAAUUAUCGAUAGUAUGGAUCUGUUGCAGGGCCAUUUGACCAAAGUCAAAGUGCCAAGCACGAUUGACAAGGUGUACAAAGAUGAAUGUGUCUAUUCCUUUGAUAAUCCUGAAAGCGAGACUGGUUUGUUUGUGAGUCUAACUACAUUUGUUGGCUUGGGCAAGGAUUAUGUAGAGAAGUACUUCCACAAAACUGGAAAUGCUGUGUUCUUACAUAUGCGAAGGGAAAGGCAUGAGGUAUCCUCACCAUCACAGGGGGAUGGACCAGAGAAGAAAAUCACUCGACUGGCAAUUGGUGUUGAAGGUGGCUUUGAUCCUGAAUCUGGUAGAAAGAAAUUCGAAUUUGAGGAUAAAUAUCAAAUAUGUGUGAUGCCUAAUUUUGUUAUGAUCCCAUGGCCAAACCCAAACUUUCCAGAAAUUGUAUUGCAAAGUGUCCAAACAAUUUUGGAAAUGCAGUCUGCAUUUAAGAAAGCUGAGCUUGAAGCACUGGCAGGUACUUGGGAUGGUGAAGCAAGGAUUAUCAGUAAGCAUGCUGAGAACUUGGAGCAAUUGAACACUGGAAAGAAGAUUCCACCCAGUGGUUGGGUUUGCGAGAAAUGCGAUAAGACUGAGAACCUUUGGUUGAAUUUAACUGAUGGUAGCAUUCUUUGUGGAAGGAAGUUCUACGAUGGUACUGGCGGUAAUAAUCACGCCGUCGAGCAUUACGACCAGACCGGACAUCCGCUUGCCGUCAAAUUGGGCACCAUCACUAAGGAUGGCAAAGCGGAUAUAUUCAGUUACAGCGAGGAUGAUUUGGUCGAAGACCCCAAGCUGAACGAUCAUUUGGCGCAUUGGGGCAUCAACUUGGCGAAUAUGGAAAAGACUGAGAAAUCGAUGAUUGAACUGGAAUUGGAGCUGAAUCAAAAAACGAACGAAUGGGCUGCAAUGCAGGAAAGUGAAGGCAAACUGACUCCACUAUUUGGACCCGGAUAUACAGGGAUGGUUAACUUGGGUAACUCCUGUUAUUUGAACAGUGUCAUGCAGAUGAUGUUCACUAUUCCCAACUUUGUUGCAAAAUAUGUUAAUAAUGCUCAGCAAAUUUUCGAGAGUUGUAGCGGGGAUCCAGCUGAAGAUUUCAACGCUCAAAUGGCAAAAUUAGGCGCUGGUUUGUUGUCUGGUAGGUAUUCAGUACCACCUCCUGCUGGUUCACCAGUCGACGCAGAUCCACCUGGUAUAUCUCCUGCUAUGUUCAAAUCGUUGAUUGGCAAAGGACACGCCGAUUUCUCCACGAAAAAGCAGCAAGAUGCUCAGGAGUUCUUCCUCCACAUUUUGAAUUUAUUGGAAAGGAAUACCAGGAACUCAAGUAAUCCAAGUGAUAGCUUCAAGUUUAAAAUAGAGGAGAGAUACCAAUGUACUAGCAGUGAUAAGGUAAAAUACACCCAUAGAGCUGAUACCCUUCUGGCUCUGAACAUACCGAUGGAGGCUGCUGUCAAUAGGGAAGAGGUUACCGCAUAUGAAGCAAAGAAAGCCGAGGCCGAAGCUCAAGGAAAACGUUUAGAUCCGAACGCUUUGGUGCGACCAAGGAUUAAGCUGUUCUCUUGCUUGGAGCUGUUCACGCAAACUGAAACAAUCAAUCAGUUCUUCAGCACGGCCAUCAACGAGAAGACAACAGCCAGAAAGACGACACGAUUGGCGACUUUCCCAGAUUACUUACUUAUUCAAUUGAAAAAGUUCACGAUGCGCGAGGAUUGGGUUCCAAUUAAAUUAGACGUUGCCGUCGAAAUGCCCGAUAUCUUAGAUCUGAAUCCUCUAAGGGCGACCGGUCCUCAACCUGGCGAAGAGAAAUUGCCAGACCUGGGUGAAAAUUCGCCCGUGCCGGAGCCGGUCUAUGAUCAGAAUAUAAUUUCUGAAUUGAUGAAUAUGGGUUUUCCACAGAACGCGUGCAAACGUGCACUCUACUUCACACAGAACUCGAGCUUGGAAUUUGCCAUGGCAUGGAUCAUGGACCACAUCUCUGACUCGGACUUCGCUGAUCCGUUUAUGCCACCUGGUCUUGAAAAACACUCUGACGAUUUCGUACCGAACAUGGAGGCAUUACCCAUGAUCAUGGGUAUGGGUUUCACGCAUUCGCAGGCUGUUAAAGCACUCAAGAACACCAACAAUGAUAUUGAAAGGGCCGUCGACUGGAUCUUUUCACAUCAGGAUGAGCUGGAUAACCCUGCACCAGCACCAGAGUUUAAAGACGGUGACAGCAAUUAUAAACUGGUCGCAUUCAUCUCGCACAUGGGAACAUCGAGUAUGGUCGGUCAUUACGUUGUACAUAUCUUAAAGGAAGGCAGAUGGGUAAUCUUCAACGACAAUAAGGUCGCCUUGUCGGAGAAUCCACCAAAGGAAUUGGGCUAUUUGUAUUUGUACGAACGAAUGUAAAGUAAAAUAAAAAUCAACACGUUGCCCCAUC